AUGAGAGGGCUUUCUUUAGCUUCCAGGGCAUCGCCUGCAUUUUAUAACCUCUCUAAAUUUCCAAAAUCAUUCAAUCAGCCAAAGUUCACCACUCAAAAGAACCCCUCAAAGCCCAAAACUGAUCAACUUCAAAGGCAAACCUAUGUCACUGAAGCUUCUUUAACAGGUAAUAAUUGUCUUUCUUCACUAAACUCUCAACUUAAAAAAUCCAACUCUGUUUCAGUCCCAAAAGGUCACAUUUCACAUAAUAGAGAUACUAGACCAGUUGAUCAUCAUUAUAUUUCUAGAAUUCUGUCAAGAAAUGACUGGUUUUUACUGCUCAACCACGAGUUUAAGGCAAAAAGGAUUAAUUUAAAUCCUCAGUUUGUAGUUAGGGUUUUGCAAAAUCAAGAAAACCCAAUACAUCCUUUGAGAUUUUAUAUCUGGGUUUCGAAUAUCCACCCGUUAUUUACUAGGAAUCAGGCUGUUAAGGGUGUUUUAGCUAAUGCAUUUUUUCGAAAAGGUCCCGUUGUAUUGUCUGUUGAUUUGCUUAGAGAUAUUAGAAACUCGGGUUUUCGGGUUAAUGAAGAUUUGCUUUGCAUUUUGAUUGGUAGUUGGGGAAGGUUAGGAUUGGCAAAAUAUUGUGAGGAAAUAUUUGGACAAAUAUCAUUUUUGGGUAUUUGUCCUAGUACAAGGAUAUAUAAUGCUGUUAUUGAUGCAUUGGUAAAAUCAAACUCUCUUGACCUGGCUUAUUUGAAGUUUCAACAGAUGUCAGCAGAUAGCUGUAAACCUGACAGGUUUACUUAUAAUUUACUUAUUCAUGGAGUUUGUAAAAUUGGUGUGGUGGAUGAGGCACUUCGGCUUGUUAAGCAGAUGGAGGGUUUUGGAUAUUGGCCUAAUGUUUAUACGUAUACAAUCUUGAUUGAUGGGUUUUGUAAUGCAAAAAGGUUUGAUGAAGCAUUUAGGGUUUUAGAAACAAUGAAGCUUCGGAAUUUUAAUCCUAAUGAAGCUACUAUCAGAUCAUUGGUUCAUGGGGUGUUUCGUUGUGCAGCUCCACGUGAGGCGUUCGUGCUGGUGAUAAAUUUUAUAGAAAAGGAGCCUGUCUUGGGGAGAUUGGCUUGUGAUACGUUACUAUGUUGCCUGUCAGAGAAGUGUAUGCCAAGGGAGGCAGGCGCAUUAUUGAGGAAACUUGGGGAGAGAGGUUACUUGCCUGACAGUUCGACUUUUAACAUCACAAUGACUUGUUUGCUAAAGGGUUUGGAUGUCAAUGAUGCAUGUGGGAUAUUGGAUAGAUUUAUUGAUCGGGGUGUGAAGUUGGGGUUUAGCAUCUAUCUUGCGUUAAUUGAAACUUUGUAUAAGGCAGGAAGAGAUAUGGAGGGUGAUCGGUAUUUGAAUCAAAUGGUCAAGGAUGGACAUCUGUUAGAUGUAUUUUCAUAUAACAUGCUAAUUGAUUGCUUCUGCAAAGCCAAUGUGAUAAACAAGGCAGUAAAGGCUUUCAAAGUGAUGCAAGACAGAGGUAUUUCUCCCAACCUUGUUACUUUUAAUACCCUUAUUAGUGGACACUGCAAAGUUGGAGAGGUCCGUAAAGCACGUGAACUGUUGCAGCUGCUUUUAAAACGGGGAUUGAAACCAGAUAUCUUCACUUUUAGUUCGAUAAUUGAUGGUCUUUGUCGAGCACAUCAGUUUGAUGAUGCUUUAGCUUGUUUCAGUGAAAUGUUAGAGUGGGGUAUCUCUCCUAAUGCUGUCACAUACAAUAUAUUGAUUCGUUCUCUGUGUGUUAUUGGAGAUGUUGCUAGAUCAAUGAAACUCUUAAAAGACAUGCGAAAAGAUGGAAUAAGCCCUGAUAUUUUCUCUUUCAAUGCUCUCGUUCAAAGUUUUUGUAGGAUGGGAAAGGUUGAGAAAGCAGAGAAGACUUUUGUUUCCAUGUUCACCUUGGGUUUGAUUCCUGACAACUAUACUUAUGGUGCUCUUAUUAAGGCAUUGCUUGAAUCAGGGAGAUGUGAGGAAGCUAAGAAGAUGUUUUUUUCAAUGGAAGUGAAUGGUUGCGUUCCUGAUUCCUUCACACGCAAUUUGAUUUCAGAAAUUCUGGUUGCAAGGGAGACACAGGUCAUGUGGAAAUCUGAGAAAUUACCUGGUUACUCUUUCUCCUAUGUUAUGUAUGGAGCCGAGUGGCAUAGUUGGUUAUCAAGCUUACCACAUGUUGUAGGGAAUCUCUUGGGUGCAUACAAAGCCUCAUUCAAGGCAGAUGAAGAUGAGCCUGAAACAGGCACAGGAAUUGCAGGUGGUGUGCCCCAAACUGGAACAGGAAUUGGAGGUGGUGUGCCUCAAACAGGCACAGGCGUUGUAUAUGGUGAUCCAGCUGACAUUGUUGCCAAAGCCUUGCUAUGUUUCAACAAUAAAUAUUCUCAGAUAUACAGCAGCUGCGAAGAAGCCUACAGAUUGACCGAGGCAGGGAAUCUUAAUGUGCCUCCUGAAUACGUUGAUUCCUACUGCAGUGGACCAUGCCUUUCGGAGACACAUUUGGUGCUCAACUGCAUCGAAAACAUCAUGAAAAACUUUGUUUUCUAUAACAAAGCCACCAUAGAGGCUGUUCGAGACACAAUCAAGGCAGGAUGUAGCCAUGGUCUAGAAAGAGACUACAAGCCAGAUUCUGCUAGGACUAGGCUUCAUGUUCGCUGGGCGUGCUCUAUUGCUUUGAUAUUCGUGGUUGGAGGUUUCUUGCUUUCAGAGGGAAUACUCCCAGUUGAGAUGGUUUAA